AGGUUAGUCCGAUGAAUGUUCACCCGUUGCUCCGAGGCAGUAGUAAGUUGGUAUUGCUGAAUCAUGGCUGCUUCUGAAUCAGAGAGUCAUAUCGCUGUAAGAGGUUUGUGAUUGGCCGGUGAUGUUCCUGAGCGUCCAGUCGCUGAAGCCCGCCUGAAGAAACAGCAGGUGGCGCCAUGGCCCGCGCGGGCAUGGCUCGGUGGCGGGCCAAGAACAGCUCCGGACCUGCUGAGGGCGGGGACGAGGUGCAGCGAUCGCUGGAGCUGCUGGACCGCGUGCUGUCAGAGUUCGACGACCUGGAGAACGGCAACGCGACGGCGGCGGCGGCGGCUGGGGCGGUGGCGGCCGGCCCGCCCAGCAAGACCGCGGCAGCGGCGGCUUCCAGCGUCGGAGGUUCCCCGCAGCCUCCCGAGGGCCUGCCCGGGGGCGGCGCCGCCGAUGACGGGGGCGGCGGGGCCGACGCGGACGGCGACGCCGAAGGCGACGGGGGCGGCGCGGCGCGCGUGCCCGAGAGCCCGCUCGGCCACCAGUCGGAGGACGACGGCUACAUGAGCAUGAACGGCCGCCGCCCCGCCAAGCUCGCGCUCGAUCUGCCACUCGCCCCCGCCUCCGCCGCCGCCCCCGCACAGCCGGCCGCCCCCGGCGGUGUGGCGGCCUCGGCGGCACACCCACCGCCGCCUCCCGAGGAGGCUGAGCGCAUCAUUUCUACGCUGCUACCCAGAUUGUCGCCGGGCAGCUGCGCAGCACUGGGCCGGCGGCCGGUGCGGCCGUUCCUGCUGUCGGGCUGCGGCGGCAGCCAGGAGGCGCUGAGCGGCGCCGCCAACGGCUGCAGGGUCACCACCGCCACACAGACCACGCUGGUCGACCUCACAAAGUUCCCGCCGCGGCUGCUUCAUCACUGCUCGCAGUUCCGGCAACCGGCGCCAGGUGGAAGCAGUAGCAAGGACGGAGCCAGCGCGCUUUCUCGGUCUUGCCAACGUGCAGAAACAUGGGAAAUGAGUGGGAGCAUGAAGCAGGGCACCAUUGCAGUGGACACAAUUGAAGCAGAUCGAGUGAGACAGUAUGGGCUUCUCUCCCGUUUGGGCGAGGACGAAUGGCCUCUUCUAGUGAAGAAGAGGACGCCCGAAAACAAUGUGAGAAGACGCCUGCCGCCGCGCACCGUGCCGGGGGCGUGCGCUGCCGAGAGGCACCGCGAGGUGCGACGCCGCCGCAACGACGACAACUUCUCCGACGACUCGCUCGAGUCGGAGCCCCGCGGUCGCGGCCGUGUGGUGGUGGAGCGGCGCGCCGCCAGCACCGAGGACGACUCGGCGUCGGCGUCCGCGUCGGCGACGCCGUCGAGCGACGGCGGCACGCCCGAGUGGCCGCGGGCGCGCGCGCUGCCGGCGCACGGCACGUACGUCAUCCGCAAGGGGCGGCGGCGAGAGGCGCUGCCGCUGCAGCUGCAGCUGCCGCAGGUGCCGCCGCCGCCCGCGCUCGCCUCCGCCUCCUCCGCCGCCGGCGACAGCGAGUCCUCGCCGCCCAGCGGGGAGCUCAAGCGCUGCAGCUCCACCUUCGACAACAUACGCUCCCUGCUCAACGAGGGCCGCCUCGAGGGGCUGGACGAGCCGCCGCCCGACUUCCUGCCGCCGGCGCCGCCCGCGCUGGUGCGCGUCGUGUCGCUGCCCAGCCUGCCCGUGGAGCCGCCGCCGCUCGAGCGGUCGCGCUCCGACGGACACCGCCUGUCGCGUCUGCACGAGCUCGCCGUCACGCUCGAGGAGGACGACGACGACGACGCCGCCGACGUCGCCGCCGCCGCCGCCACUGUCCUUAACGGGCGCCGCUCGCCGCAUCCGGAAGCCAGCGUGGACGAGGCGGAGGGUGCGACCGGUGGCGGCGGCGGCGGAGGCGGAGGCGGCUGUUACUUCCUGCGGGGCCGCGGGCACGGCGACGCGCCCUCUGGAGGGCAGGCAGUGUCCGACGUAGAGAACAAGCGACGCCUCAGCCAGUGCGAGGAGGCCAUCCGCUGCAUCAUAGAGGGAGACCGCCGCCCGGAUUCCGAUGCCGACCUGCUCUUCCCGCUGGCCAACGGCAAGGACGAGAGUCUCGACUUCUCUGACGCGGACGAUCGGCGAGCGACCAGCCAGAGCGAGGAACUCAGCUCGUGCAACAGCCUCGACGUGCCGGCCAGCUCCAGCCGCGAGGACAUGCUUGCCGACUCCAGCCUGGACGAGGAGGCACUCACGGGCAGGGAGGUGGGAUCGCGAAUCGCGCUGCGAGCCAGGCGGGGCGCCGAUGUGGAUCGCGUCAGGGUGCGCGACGGGGACCCCGGCUACCGGCGAUUCGCCCUCGACGGGGAGCGCUCGCCGCACGACGGCCUGGACGACGGGCUGCCCGAGGCGUCCAGCGCCGACCACGACGCCGACGUCAGCAGCCUCAACAGCACCGACAUCAACGGAAAGCUCAGCCAGGAGGACAGCCUCGAGGUGACCCCCAGCCCCAGCCACGACGAGGGCGUCAACUGCUGCAGCACGCAGGGCAGCUCAGCGGACGAGGCGGCGGCGGGCCGCGGCGGCGGCGGCGGCGACGACAUGAGCGAGGAGGAGGCGCGGCUGAUCCGGCAGCUGCGGCGCGAGCACCUGCAGCUGCAGCACCCGGUGGACGUGCCCCGGCCGCGCCGCGACUACCCCACCGAGCCGCCCCAGCAGCAGCAGCACGCCGUGCGCCUCGAGGUGCGGCCGCCACCGCCCCCGCGCAGCGCCACUGCCCCCGCAGUCACCUCCGCAGCCGCCUCCGGCUCCCGCCAGGAAGCCUACCGCGCUCCCGCCGCGUCUCAGCACGCCGAACAGGUGACGGUAUCGGCGGACCUGGAAUUUCCGCCACUGCCGCCGUCCCCCGUGGAGGAGGCGGAGGACGAGUACUCGGAGAUCCUGCCAGGGCUGCCGGGCGCGCGCAAGGCCGAUCCGCCCAAGGAAGAGGCCGCCUCCCGCCAGCAGCAGCCGCCCCCGCCGCCCCCGCACCAGCACCAGCACCCCCACCCGCCCGACGCCGCCAGCAGCCUCCGCACCCGCUCCAUGGACGCUGGUUUCGGUCGCGCCGCCAGGGGCCACGGCAGCCGCCGGGAGGUGCCGUGCGAGCGCCGCACGCUGCCCCCGGAGCUGCCGCCGCACCGGCGGCCGCGCGCCUACGCGCCGCGCUCCCCCGCGGCGCCCUCGCCGGCGCCGGCGCCGGGCGGCCUGCAGACGUCGUGCUCGCUGCCCGAGACGCCCAUCUUCGCGCGCGGCUCGGGCUUCGACGUGCCGCGCACGCCCCUGCGCCGCGGCGCGCCGCUGCUGCCCGAGCUGCCGGCCGGCGGGCCGGGCCGCGGCUGGUACCCCCGGCACCGCGCGCGCCCCGCCUCCUCGGAGCACCUGGACCGCCUGGGGCCCGCCGGCUCGGCCGCCGGCGCCCACCACCACCACCACGCGCACCACCACCCGCCGUGGGACGCGGCGCGCAAGCCCACCACGCUGCCGCCCAACCUCUCCCCCAAGUUCUUCCACCGCUCGCCGCGGGAGGCGCUGCGCCGCGUCACCAGCCUCCUCAUCCGCAAGGGAAGCAGCAGCAAAGAAUCCAAGAAGGAACAACUAUCGCCGACAGGUCUUGGCAUGGGCAGCGAGUCGCGGCACAAGCGCGGCUUCUUCCGCAGCCUGUGGAAGCGGUCGCGGCACUACUCGCUGGAGCAGCAGUAGCAGUCGGCCGGCGCGGGCCCCUGCGGCUCGCGCCAGUUCGAGGACGCUCUGGAGGACGACGCGCUGCCGCCGCCGCCGCCCCGGCGCAGGGUGCUGUCGUGGUGUGGCGCCGAGUAGCCGACCGCGCAGGGGCUCCAGAGGGUCCGUGCAGGCACAGGCAGCCGCAGUCCAGCUACUCCGUGUCUUCAGCUACUGCCGCCACCGGACACUGAGUGACAGGUGCCUCUCAGCAUCGAGAAAUACGAUAAAGUGCUACGAUGAAAACUUUUUGGGGACCAGGCAGUACUGUGACCGUGUGUCGGCGUAUCUUGUACUAUAUUUGACGUGAUACCAAUAUGACAACAUAUGUGAGAGUUUGGGAAGGGCACUUGACGGCUCUUACUGUUACAAUCCGUAACUUUUGUGCCAUUAUAAAACGUCUACAACAAGUCGGACUUUAACCUUAGGGAACCAGAGUAUCCAUCAACGGCAUAGCAGGACGGAACUGUUCAUUUCCAAAUGAACAAUUGUCAGAAACUGCCUGCAGGUGUUUCUGUUGAGAAAGCCCUUUCUUGAAAGUGCUGUUUAUUGGACUGAUUUUUGUAAAUGGCUAAUCGAAUUAUUGGGAGGCCCGCACGCUUUCUCACUUGCAGCUAAUGCAAAUGAAAGGACCAGCCAGUACAAUCUGCGCACAAGGCUUGACAAUUUCCCUCCCGCUCGUUGUAGAUGCACGAAUGAAAACACGAUAUUGUAGGCAAAAGUAUAAACAUUUCAUGGUCGAUGUUGUCCUUACACAUGCAGACUGCAAAUAGCUUUAAGGGCCUUAAUAUAUCGGACAAAAUUUCUCUUGCAGUCGUGAGACUCAUUUGAAGAUCAUACGCAGCGUACUGAAUACGUCUUAUCAUAUCUAGACAGAACAAAAUGUGUGACUGAUGCCAACAGCGCUUACAGCCAGCACUAGAGAUGCAUUAUAGAAAAAGGGCGUCUUUUUUUCUUUCUUUCUUUUUUCAUUGCUUCUCGGGAGAGAAGAAAAUUACGGGUGGUAGGAUGUUAUGCUUAGUGUUCCAUUUUUCAUUUCCCCUGGUCACACGAGCAGAUUUAUCUGUUCAAAGCACAGCAUGGGACAAUCCUAUCGCCAUGUACACACUUCGCUUGGUAUUCUCCGAUAAAAGGAGACAUUACUUGCAGAGCGCAGCUUUGAAUAUCCUCCAACAUCUUUAUCCAAGAGCCUCGCUAAUGCGCAAGCAGAAGCUCUUGCGUUCAGCUGCAGCAGUCUGGUGUCAAUUGUAGUUAAUCUGACCCUAUGUUUCAACCGAAUUCGGGUUUUCGUGUAAACGGUACAGUGGAAUAUCAGGUUCUUCCCAUUCUGUUUGUACGUUCUGCAAAGUGUCCAUAAACGUAGGGAUAUCAAGAACAGUGUCCUGCAGAGUUUCUGUGUAGAGACGAAAGUAUAUUUGUGCACAUGUGGCGACUCUGUAAGGCCGAGCAGACAUGCUGCACUUCCGACGUAACGACUUGUACAUAGCGACGUGAUUCGUAUAGGGAGAUCACAGCAGCCAGACGGCUGCUAGCAACUAAUCUCUAUUUGCGCUGUAUUAUUGCUUACAGUAAGCUAGUCCCGGUGACCUGGCAAACUACGGCGGGAGUUCUUCGUCCCUCUUCGUUGCCGAAGAGAGAACAUCAAGGGCCACCGCACGGCGUGGACUAGAGGUGCGUGAUACGCACUAACCGCGCCGCGAUGCGAAUCGGUGUACAGUUAAUCCUGAUCGCCAAGGGACAGCACCGUACAUAUGUGUGUGCGUGUGUGUAAAAUUAACAGUUUCAAUUAACUUUCAAUGUCAGGUUUUUAUCUUUAAUAAGAGUGAUACCACAGACUUUUUUGUGAAUAAUAAUGCACGCCAGCGCGUGUGGCGAUAUAUUUUGCAGUAGCGGUAGUCCCGGUCGGGUGUGUCUGAAAGCGACGACAGGUUGUUUUUUAUUGCGUAUUCGUUGUGGAGCUUUGUAUUCGUAUCCGCGUCACUUUUGAAUUGCCUUAACACGUAAAAAAAAAGUUUUCACAUUUUCACACAACAUAGUAGGAGAAACAGGCAGAGUACCACCACUACCCAGUUAUUGUACUAACCAAAACGCACAAUAUGUAAGCUGCCACUGCCCAGGCCGCUGGGAAUAAUGCUUUUAUACGUACAUUAAUGCUGGUGAAUGUUCUUAGCUUAGGUUAUAUUUUCACGACUUUGAAAAUAAAACAAUGUAAAUGUGCCCUCGCGUAGAAUUGAAAAAGGUUCAAAGAAAAAUUGUGAUGGUUUCCAUGGGACUUUGUAAAAAUUCGUGGAGUCUCUGGGAAGCGAACAGCGAGAAGAGUCGGGGAUAAAGAAAGUAAUUUCUACUAACGCUUCUCUAAUGUGUCAAUAUGUUCAUGAUAUUAUUAUUAUUAUUAUUAUUAUACUGACAAUAUCGAACAACUUAAAACUGUUUCAUUGCAAAAAAAAAAAAAGAGCAAGCUUCAUUUGUCAUAACAACAAAAUGCGGGGAACGAAGAACAAGGAAAUAUUGCGAUUUGAGACUUCAAAUUUAGCUUUUGUUUCUAGCGUUGUCAGUUUCAAUGCUUUCGCUUCCCAUGAGACUCUACGGCACUGUACAGCUGUAAAGAGAGGAAUGGUUUUGCUUGUACACAACUCAGCUGCUGGAGAGCACAGCAGUGGCAAGUCAAUAAAGGAGUACCAACUACA